GUCAGGUUUUUUGUCGCAAGAAAUCUGUUAUUUCAAAAAAAAUGAAACAGAGGAUUUGCAACCAGAAGGGCACUUUAUUAUGACUAUGACAAGUUGUCAGCACAUAACUGAGUACAAGUCUAAAUAUGGAACCAACCAAUUUCGAAUAAUUCAUGCAUAUUUUAUCGCUACUUCAUCGGACAGUGCAAGGCAAAGAAAGGGAAAGUCUGGGGUAUGUCACACCUGCCGCUUCCCAUCCUUCAGACUCCAUGCCUGUCUGUACUGUGUAUUUUUUGGCUGUUACACGACCAAGCACAUCCAUGAGCAUGCAUUCUCCAAGAAUCACAAUUUAGCUGCUGACAUGACAUAUGGGACGAUUUAUUGCUUUGAAUGUGGAGACUAUGUUUAUGACAAAGAACUGGAAAGCAUUGCUCAUAUCCAAAAUGAGAAAGCUGCCAAGUCUUUAGGGAUGAAAACAUACAAUUUCAUAGCAUGGGAACCAACUGAUGUAGAGGUUGAAAUUCUUAGACAGAAUCCCAAGAGGAGAAAAGUAGAAAAUAAGUCAACUAUAGGAUUGAGAGGGCUAAUUAAUUUAGGAAAUACCUGUUUUAUGAACUGCAUUGUGCAAUCAUUGAUUCACACCCCGGUGCUACGUGACUUUUUCCUUGCUGAUAAGCACAAUUGUCAAAUGACCUCAGUAGAAGCUCAACAGUGCCUUGUUUGUGAGAUGGCAAGGCUUUUCCAAGAGUUUUAUUCUGGCAAUAGAACUCCCCAUAUUCCGUAUCGUCUAUUACAUUUGGUCUGGACCAAUGCUCGACACCUGGCUGGCUAUGAACAACAGGACGCUCAUGAGUUUCUGAUCGCAGCACUUGACGUGCUGCAUCGGCACUGUAAAGGUUACUCAGAUAAUAAGUGUUUAUCCAUCAACAAGUUCUUCACAGGGAGAAAUGGAAUGGCUUCAGGGAAUCCACAUCACUGUAACUGUAUCAUCGACCAAAUCUUUACUGGCGGUUUACAGUCAGAUGUCACAUGUCAGCAGUGCAAUAAUGUGUCCACCACAAUAGACCCAAUAUGGGACAUUUCUCUUGACCUGGGACCAGGUGCCAUACCAAAUGCUCUCCUUAAUGUUAAUAACUCCAGCUCAUCACCAAGUUCAGGUUUUACAAAUAGUCCAGGAACUUAUGAACCUACCUCAUUAUUAGACUGCUUAAAAAGAUUUACAAAGCCUGAGCACUUAGGCAGUUCAGCUAAAAUCAAGUGUAGUACGUGUCAUAGUUACCAGGAGUCCACUAAACAGCUGACUAUGAAGAAGCUGCCAAUAGUGGCCUGUUUUCAUCUCAAGAGAUUUGAGCACUUAACAGGCCUUCACAAGAAGAUCUCAACUUUUGUAUCAUUCCCUGAGGAGCUGGACAUGACCCCCUUCAUGUCCUCCUCCCGAAAUAAUAACAAUGGCUACAGGAACCAAAUCGUACAGGAAUCUGCCAAAGGGCUUUCAUGUGAUAACAAAUAUUCAUUGUUUGCUGUUGUGAACCAUAUGGGUACAAUAGAAUGCGGCCACUACACCUGUUUUAUCCGACAACACAAGGACCAGUGGUUCAAGUGUGACGACCACCUCAUCACGAAGGCAACACUUAAUGACGUGCUUAAAAGUGAAGGGUACCUACUGUUUUACCACAAGCAGAUUUUGGAAUACCAGUGACAGAAGAGAAUCAUGGGAAGCUAUUUUUGUCUAAAGGUUUCCACAACUUGUCUUUCUUGUAGGAUUCAAAGUAUUAAAUAGAUUUAGUCUUUAUAUUUUAGUACAUUUAUACAUGUAUCUUACUAAUGUUCUGUAGCAGUUCAGUUGCUAGUCAUAUAGUUCAAUGAAAUAGACGUGAACAGCUGAUUAUUGAAGUAGACAUAAUAAUUUGACAACAGAUCUGGAAUGAUUUUAAGGUUGUGCUAGGCAUGACUUUUUGGGUGAUAUUUUGGAUUUAUGUAGGUAAAUUAAUUGUUAUGCCUCAAUCAGUUUUUGCUCAGUUUAUUUAUGAUCUCACUGAUAGAGACGGGACAAUAUUUCUUUGACGUUUUUUUUUCACUGUGCUUGUUUAGUUGUUAUGUUAAACAUUCAUACAUCUUCCCCUGUUCACAGUUACAUAAACAUACAUGUAUUUGCAUGAAAUAAGCAUAUUUUACAGUAUUUGUUAACACAAGCAUGAUUUCUAUACUUGUUGUCGAAUCGUUUUUCCAUUGGAUAAAAAAAGAGUGUCCUAAAACAACUUCUGUGUUUGAAAAUCAGAACAGUAUCCAACAUUUGUACAAAACAUUUUCUUUAAGCUAUCAAGCAAGCAUGUAAGCACAGAAAAAAGAACUUUUUUGUCUCUUUUUGGAUUUAGCAUUUGACUAAAUCCUCAGUUGUGGACAUAUAUUUUGAUAGAUGUGUUUUUGUAUUGAUUUCCUUGACUCGAUUACUGUUGUCCUUUUGUAGAACAAUUUAAGAGAGAAAAAAUAUGGUGCAGAUAAAAGUGUUCUGUAGGAAAUAAAAAAUUAAGUUGGUUCUUAAAUGUUGUGUAUAAAGUGAUGUUCAUGUAUAUUCAUUGCAUGUCUUUAUAAUGUUUUCCCAGUGUUAUGUGAUUUAACAAAGGCUAAGAAUUAUUUAAUGAAAAUGUUGAAUGAAUGGGAGUGCAAGAAUCAGUGGAAGAGAAUUGCCUGUUAUAUAUUUGUGCAUAGAUAAGUGUUUUGCUUUUUUUUCUUGCCAAAACUCUAUUCCAAAUCUUAACCCUUUCUGAUCUUUGUUGUAAAUGAUUUUUAAGAACUUUUUUUUCUCUCUAUAUUGAAAGUGCUGCAAAAAAGCAUUGAGUGCUGUAGAUGUAUAUUAAAGUAUGAGUGUUUUGUGAUAUAAAAUGGAAUCCCUUAAAUACAUUAAUGUGAAUAGGAAUUUGUGCAUAGAGUGACUGUAAUAUAUUGCUAUUGUAUUUAUUUAUUGAAGAGAUUGUCUUACAUAGAAAAUAUGACUCCAGAAAGUUUUUACAGGUUAGUUUGUUAUUGGUAUAUAUAUUUUUUUGGAGUUUAUACUUAUAGUCUUGAGUUUCUCUUUUCUUAAAAAGAAAUAACCACCAAUUCUGGAAUCUAUCACAGAUGUAAUAUAGGUACCAGAUUGGAAGUUGCGAUUCGUAGAGGAAUCCAUCUUUCUGUAAUAUUUGGGAAACUUUUAUCAUAGACAUUUCUCUGAUUGUCUCAUUUGUAAAUUUAGUUAGGGGGACUGGUUAACAACUCUUGAUUUUUAAUACUGUAUGAUAUUUUGAAAAAAAAAAAACAAAAAACAAUUAAGAUUGCUCAUUUCUAACAUAAAUGAUCCUCUCUACCCCUUAAAAAAUCUCAGAUCUGUUCCUAUGCUUAUCACAUACAUUAUAUCUUACAAAUAGAUAUUGAUUUCUGUGUAAAUCAUUUUUGUCUCAUAAUUAGCUGGGAAAUCUGUUAAAAAUUAUUGGUGGAUAGAGAGAAAAAUUAACAAGUUUUUUUAAUGUAUUGACAGAAAUUCCACUUUAAGAAAUUUCCAUAAUUGUUCUGUUGUUUUGCUUCUUACUUUUGAGACCCAAAAGUGAAUGAAUUAUUAUUGGUGAAUGCCUAGUUAGAAAUUGUGGAAUUUAUGAUAUUGGAACUUUUCUGUGAUAAUGAUUAAAGAACGCACACUGCUUUUUAGAGGGAGAAAAAACCUGCGCUACCUCACUUGUUUGUGCAAAAAAGGGGAGCAUUACAUGGUUUAUUCAGUCAUAUCACCUUUUUUUUCACAUAGAUGCCUUAGUUAAGUUUCAAGCUGAUUUUCUUUGUUUAAUAUAGGCUGAAGAGUUUGUAUUUUGUAUUCUUUGAUUUAUUUGUAAGACUGAACAUUUGAAUUUUGUGUGUGAUUAAAGCAGGGACCUUUUUUUUUCAGGUGAUGUUUUUUGAUCCUAUCUUUGCUGUGAUAUAAUGUUCAUUUAGUACAUGUAUGUGAUGUGAACAACGAACAUGUAAUUCCUAACUUUAUAUGAUCAAAUUUGUCUCCUCAACUCCUCAGACCAACUCCUCCCCCUCUCCCCCAUUCAAAUUUUGUAUGGAAUUUCCUAAGGGGGAUUUAAUAAAGUAAAGUGUAGAAUUAUGAAAUCUCAGUAUUACUUUUCAGAGUUCUAAUAAUGCCAGAGGAACCAACAGCUCAUGUAAACUCUUGUAAUCAGAAUUUUUUUCACCAUUCUUCUUUUGUCAUUUUCGUUUUAGAACCAAGUGUCAGCUGUGUCCUUUUCUAGGGGAAAAAUUAACAUUGAAAAAUAAGUUGAGUUGUUAAUAUAAAAAAAAUCUCCCUUUAAAUUCAGCUUGGCCACAAGACCCAAGGUUUUAAAAGUGUUGCAUAUACAUAUCACCUGAUAUUUUUUCAUAUUCAGAUGUUAACAUUGCCAAUCACUUUUGGGGAUUUGGAGGGGAAAGGGGGUUUUUCCUCCCUAUAAUACUAUGUUAACAUUACCAAUCUUUUUGGGAAGGGGGAGAGGGGGUCUUUUCUCCCUAUUCAAGGUUUACACAGGUGUAUUUAAAUUUGAACUGUGGUAGAUCCAUGACUUACUUUUAUAAUGUUUAAGAUGAGGUACUUACACUUAAAUGUAGUUAAUUAAUGGCUAGGAAAACACUCUAAUCAAGAUGUCGUAUUGAUUACAUAUUUCAGUGUCCAUUUAUACAUGUAUUUUAAAAUUCAUUUUCAAUGAACAUGUUUUUGAAUAUCUCUUGCUUAAACAAGAGAAAUGCUCAUAACCUAGAAAAAAAUUCUUUUUAAAUAUUAAUUCAUGGAAUGGAUUAAAUUUAUUGUGGUUUAGAUCAUUUGAAUUUUAUGCAGGAUUUGUUUUACUGUAAUACAUGUAAAUUAGAUUCAAUACUUUUGGAGCAGAAACUGAAUUGGAAAAGAGGUCUUGUUUAUAAAUUUUGAUGUAGGCAAAUCAGUAUUAAGACUGUUCAUGCAAAUCUUUUUUUUUGAGUAUGAUUUUUUUUUGCCAGGGAACUAGAGUAAAUUUAGUGUAAAUGAGAUGUAAAGCAGUGUAAUAUGGUGACUGUUAAUUGAUGCAUUCAGCUGGCUGAAAAUGAAUGAAUUUAGAAAAAUUGGGUAAAACAAGUCAAGGGUUUUGAGAAAAUACAUGUUCAGGACAUCCACUAGUGUUCAAAAAGUGCCAGUCCAUAAAAAUUAACUUCUUUAAUUAGUUGUAUUUUCUUAAAAUGUAGAACUGUUAUAAUCUUUGCAGAAUUCAGAAUUCCUGUUUUGCUUGCAGGGUGUCACAUCAAAAUGUGUGCCAAAUAUCACAGAUUUGUAGACCAGUUUAACUGUGUAUUGUGAAAUAUCUUAAUAAAGUGUUAAAAUUGA